AUGACGUCGAAUGCUCCGAAAUUCCGGCUCCUCCAUCUACCCCGGUUGGCUUUAGAAAGUGUAUUAAGCAAUUUCGAUCAUUUGGAUCGAUUCGAGUUUUCAACUUGUUCAAAGCGUUGUAAGCUAAUUGUGAAAUCACUCAAACAUGGCUUCACUGAGAUCGAAGUUGAAUUAUUUAAUGAUCUCACGUCCGUCAAUGUGAUUAGUGGUAGGCAUUUGAAGGAAUAUACUCGGUUUCAUCUUUUCGAAUCACCUGCAUGCGGUAAUCACCAGUUUCGAACAUUUAAUGGCCGGACAGUUCGAAUGAGAAAAACUGAUGGAACCGUUUGUAUUUAUUGUUCAGAAGGAUUGACAGUCAAAGCUCUCGUCGAUCAUUUUGGAGAAAUUUUUAAAGUUCCGAUUACAACAUUGAAAUUCUUUUUACAUGGUUUCGAUAACUACCGCCACUUUGUACAAUGUUUUCCAAAGUACGAAAAUUUGAGAAUUUGUGGAAUGUGGCCAAUCCCAGAAGAAGACAUUACCUAUCUCAAAGAACAUGUGAAACACAAUCACUUUUACAUAAACGGAAAUCUUCGGUAA